AUGUGGCAAGGGUCAGAUAAAGACGAUGAACGCAAAGAGAGGGAGGAUAGUGUGGACAACCGUGACUGUGAAAAUUGUUCACAGACUGGCGAGACAAAAUACUUCCCGGGUCAAGAUAAGAACGAUGAACGCAAGAAGGGGGAGGGUAAGCUGGUCAAUGGAGCUACGCUGCGUCUUUACGACUGGCUAGCAAUAGUAAUAGUAUGA